UACAAAGUUUCGAUCUUGACACGGUCAUGUUUAAAACUGAAUGCUGUAGAAGGUUUUUGAACAAUAAACCUGAGCACAGAAACAGAAGAGGCUUGAAGCUGGUUGGACCACGCCUUUAGUGUGGUAUUCUCUUUGAGGAUAUUAUUUUGAACCGGCAACCUACAUACAGUCACUGGAUAAAGGUGUCAAGCAAGACAGCUCCUCUCAUAUCACAGGAUAAUAAAUGUAAGACACCUUCCGAAAAAGAGAAAGUGUCAUACCAACCGUCUUCAUCCACACAGCUCCAUGGAUCCAAAGGGCGGGUUGAACUUGAGGAAUGGGGAUGGUGCCUUAGUGCACCCCAAGAAACCUCACGAAAGAGAGCAGUGGGCCAGUAAGCUGGAGUUUCUCUUGGCCGUGGCGGGUCACAUUAUUGGCCUGGGAAACGUGUGGAGGUUUCCGUACUUGUGCUACAAGAAUGGUGGAGGGGCAUUUCUUGUGCCAUAUGUAUUGUUUCUUAUCACUUGUGGAAUUCCACUGUUCUUUUUGGAAACAUCAUUGGGUCAGUUCACCAGUCAGGGUGGAAUCACAUGCUGGCGGAAGAUCUGCCCACUUUUUGAAGGGAUUGGUUAUGGCAGCCAAGUUGUCGUUCUCUAUACUGGAGUCUAUUACAUCAUCAUUCUUGCUUGGGCAUUCCUCUACCUCUUCUCUUCCUUUAGUUCAGAGCUUCCAUGGGCCAGCUGCAAAAACUACUGGAACACAGAGCACUGCAAAGAGUUCAUCAAGAGCAACGUUACCGAUUAUUUUCCAGAGAAAACCACAUCUCCUGUUAUUGAGUUUUGGGAGAGAAGAAUUUUGGGUUUGUCUGAGGGAAUAGAACAGAUUGGUAAUGUUCGGUGGGACCUGGCUCUCUGCCUUCUGUUGGCCUGGAUCAUCUGUUACUUUUGCGUGUGGAAGGGAGUGAAGUCCACGGGCAAGGUGGUCUACUUCACUGCUACCUUUCCUUAUUUAAUGUUAAUAGUGCUGCUGGUGCGAGGAAUCACUCUCCCCGGAGCAAAAAAUGGGAUCACGUUCUACCUCUACCCAGAUCCAGCGCGUCUCACAGACCCUCAGGUGUGGAUGGACGCAGGCAGCCAGAUAUUUUACUCUUAUGGACUUUGUACCGGGGUACUGACCACAUUGGGCAGCUACAAUAAAUAUGACAACAACUGCUACAGAGACUGUGUAUAUUUGUGUCUGCUCAACAGCAUUACCAGCUUUGUGGCUGGCUUUGCUAUAUUUUCUGUCCUGGGCUUUAUGGCAGAUGAACAGGGGAUGGAUAUUUCAAUGGUGGCUGAGUCAGGUCCUGGUUUGGUGUUCAUUGCUUACCCCCGUGCUGUGUCUCUGAUGCCCCUCCCUCAGUUAUGGGCAGUCUUCUUCUUCAUCAUGAUCAUAUUCUUGGGAUUGGAUAGUGAGUUUGUGUAUCAUGAAGCUCUGGUAACAUCUAUCACAGAUAUGUAUCCCUCCUUCUUCCAAACUGGACAUCGGCGUAAAUUUCUUCUCCUGUUUAUAUGCGCUGCCAGCUUCCUUGUUGGCCUGCUAAUGGUAACAGAGGGCGGUCUGUACGUUUUCCAGUUGUUUGACUACUACGCAUGCAGUGGAAUGACACUUCUUACUUUUGGCAUAUUACAGUCUAUCUGUGUUGGAUGGGUUUAUGGUGCAGAUCGUCUGUAUGAUGGAAUCGAGGACAUGAUUGGACACCGGCCCUGGCCGUUCAUGAAGUGCUGCUGGAAAUAUCUAACACCAGCUAUAUGCACAGGAACAUUUAUCUUCUCCCUGAUUAAAUACACCCCUCUGAAGUUCAACAAUGUGUAUGAGUACCCCUGGUGGGGUUACGCCAUUGGGGCUUUCUUCACACUUUCUUCCACUCUGCUGGUUCCACUGUGGAUGAUUUAUUUGGUUUGCACUACGCCUGGUUCUAUGCGACAGAGAGUAAGAGUCUUAUGUACACCUGCUAAAGACCUGCCAGAUCCUAAAUGUCCUAAAAAGGAGCGAAACAGUCAGACUUUUGAGACCUUCACAGACCUGCUGACCUUACGUACUGUUCACACACCAAACUCAAUUCAUCCAGCAGACAUCAUCUAACUGUCCAGCAUUUCUGUCCGCAGUCCUGUGAACUCUCAAAGUAACACAGAAAACAUUGUUUUGUUUACACAACAUCUAAAAAACUGGGAAUAGUAAUGCGACUUGAAUGUCAAUAAAAAUGUUUUUCUCAUAAAGUUUAGGUUCAAUAAUGUAACUGUUUUUGAAAUGUUCAUGCAGUACCUGUGAGUCAAUAUGGAGCACAGGUGCAGAUAUGUCUGUGUGUGUGUGUGUGUGUGUGUGUGUGUGUGAGUGCGUGUGUGUGUGUUUGCUUGUGUGCGUAUCUUUGUGUGUGUGUGUGUGUAUGUUUAAAAUAUCGCCAUGUAAUAAGCAGUAAGAGGGAAAUGCUUUUUACUGUUUUUUAAAAACUCUGACCUGUAUAAUAGGCUUCAUGUUUUAAAAUGUACCUAGUGUACAAAUGUACAGCAGUGAAAUACUAUUUUGUGGAGCAGAACUGUUUCUUUUUGCACUCUCAAUAAACCUGUUUAAGACAA